UCUCUUCCAGCACAAGAAGGCGGAAGAGAAAGCCGACGACGACGACCUCGAUGAGUGGCAUCAAGAAGAGCUUGUACGAGCCGAUCCGCGACUCGCAGCGGUCCAGCACCCGGGGCCAGUACACGCCGCCUCAUCUGGCGCCGACAGCUGCGGCCCCGAGCCGCAUCCCGCCUUACGACGUUGAGGCUGGCAAGUUUGCGAUCCUCGAGCGCCACAAGAUGAUCUGGUCCUCGCUGGACGCGCGGGCGCGCAAGAUCCAGAUUCUCGCCGUGCUUCAGAUCCUCCUCAACCUCCUCGUCUGUCUCGACGGCUCGUGGUACACGCAGGUCUUUGGCGUCGCUAUCGGCUGCAUCGGGCUCAUGGCCGUCCGCGGCGACAAGGUCGACGUGCUCAUGGUCUACCUCUUCCUCUGCGUUUUCGAGUUCGUCAAGAACGUCGGGUACCUCCAAGACGCGUUCGUGCACCUCGGCAACCCCGCCGAGCCUGCGCCGAGCCUUGCGGCGCGCAACAUGACGGACGUCAUCGUCGCGCCAUCGACGCCCGCGCCGUGGUUUGCCUUUGGCCUGACCCACAAAUACCUCAUCUUCCAAAUCUGCCUUGUGUGCAUUGAAGAGUUUGUGCUCAUCCCGUGCGUCAUCCUCAUGGGCUACUCGUCGGUCCAGGCCGUCCUGCGGAAUUACUAGCGCCAUCGCUCCCAUGGGACGUCGUAAGCGAGCGCACUGUAUGAUAUUUAAGAAACACGCCACGCGACCUCUUUCCUCAA